AUGACUUUGAAAUCUGUGAUCCUCGUGGGAGGUCCGCUGAAAGAGUCUCAGCUCUGGUGUGUUUCGUUGGAAGCUGAACGGAAGGGUUCGCAGGUGUCGUGCCGUGGGGCAGCACCUUCUUCAGUUGAACAUGGGACAGGGACACGCUUUAGACCUCUUUCGCUGGAUGUUCCGAAACCGUUAUUUCCUGUUGCCGGUUUGCCGAUGAUACAGCAUCACAUUGAGGCUUGUUUAGAGGUUCCUGGAUUAAACGAGAUCCUGAUAAUCGGGUUUUAUCCUCAGUCAGAGUUGCAAAGCUUUUUGGACAUAAUGGGCAAAAAAUAUGGAAUUGCGAUUCGGUAUCGCCAAGAAUACGCAGCUCUGGGAACAGCAGGAGGGAUCUAUCAUUUCCGAGAUCACAUUCGGAAAGGCGAUCCUGAAGGAUUUUUCAUUUUGAAUGGGGAUGUGUGUGCUGACUUUAAUUUAGUUGAUCUGCUGGAAACACAUAGAAAAGCGAAGGAGACUGGGGCACUUCUGACUAUGAUGGGUACUGACUCAACGCGGAAUCAAUCCACGAAUUACGGUUGUAUCGUCAAAUCACCGUCGGAUUCGUCAGUUGUGCAUUACGUUGAGAAACCCCACACGUUCGUGUCGUCCCUCAUCAACUGUGGUGUUUACUGUUGCUCAGUUCAACUUUUGGAUUAUUUGAAGCAAGUUUACCAGUCGAAGCAGGAGAGCGGCGUCAAUACCGGUGCACCAUGGGGAGAUGAAUUGGAACGUUUGAGCAUAGAACAGGAUAUUCUAUAUGACGUUUUCAUCGACCCAAAAGCAGUCGUGGAUCCUACCGCCGUGUUGGGACCAAACGUCAGCGUUGGACCGGGAGUAACGAUUGGCGCAGGAGCCAGAAUCAGGGAUGCUAUUAUUCUUGGGUCCGCAGCAAUCGGAGAGCACGCGUAUAUUUGCCAUGCUAUAGUCGGUUGGAAUUCAUCUGUCGGAAUGUGGGCACGGAUCGAAGGGACGCCGAACGAUCCCAAUCCUGACAAACCGUUCGCGAAAAUGGAGAAUCUGCCGCUUUUUAGUGAGCACGGUCGACUCAAUCCAGCCAUCACGAUUCUCGGAUGCAAUGUGCAAGUUCCGCGGGAAGUCAUCGUCCUUAAUUCAAUCGUCCUUCCUCACAAAGAUUUGUCGAGGAGUUACAAAAACGAGAUAAUCCUACAUUUGGAAAUAAUCAAUGAAGACGGAAAACGCUUCAUCUUCAGCCCGUAUCAGGAAGGAUCGAUGAAACGUGGCGUACUUGGCUUCACACUGGUGCACCGAAAAUGGGCCUACUUGUCGGUUAACCAAGAUGUCGAAGUUCGUCCAUUCCAAAUGGAUCCGAGUACGCACUGCAUCGGAUCUGUCGUACUUGAAGUGGACUAUUUGCAACGAAAAGGCGCGGGCAAUGAGCAGUACGACACGGAUGCGAUGGCGAAAGAAUUCUGCAUGCAGUUUCAUCACAUGGCACUGACUCGGAUGCAGCCUCUGGUUUUCAGCUUCCAGGGAAAGCGUAUUUUACAGCUGACAUGUAAAGAAAUCCAAGUUACCGACAUUCGCGCUUUGAAGGAGAAUAGCAAGGAUGUGAAGCCAAUACAAGCAGAAUAUGGUGUGAUUCUUCCAAACACGACUGUGACUUUUGAAAAAUCGGAAGGAUGCCCUAUCAUUUUAACUGGUCGCUCGAAAGGGAAAACAGCACGUCCUGCUAUUAUCAACCCGGAAUGGAACUUCGAGAAAAUGGGUGUUGGCGGUCUGGACCGGGAAUUCAAUGCCAUCUUCCGUCGAGCUUUCGCUUCUCGCGUUUUUCCUCCUGAAGUGGUGGAACAACUCGGUUGCAAGCACGUGCGCGGAAUCCUGCUGUACGGUCCUCCCGGAACCGGCAAAACGUUGAUGGCCCGCCAAAUCGGAAAAAUGUUGAAUGCUCGAGAGCCGAAAAUCGUCAAUGGUCCACAAAUCCUGGAUAAGUACGUGGGUGAAUCGGAAGCGAAUAUCCGCCGCUUAUUCGCCGAUGCCGAGGAAGAAGAGAUCAGAAUGGGUCCUAAUUCGGGACUUCACAUCAUCAUCUUUGAUGAAAUCGAUGCCAUCUGCAAGCAACGUGGCAGUGUCGCCGGAGCAUCUGGUGUUCACGAUACUGUGGUGAACCAGCUGUUGUCGAAAAUGGACGGCGUUGAUCAGCUGAAUAACAUUCUUGUUAUUGGAAUGACGAACAGGCGGGACAUGAUUGAUGAAGCUCUUCUGCGACCAGGUCGCUUGGAGGUGCAGAUGGAAAUAGGUCUACCCAACGAACACGGCCGCUUGCAGAUUCUUAAUAUUCACACCGCAAGAAUGAAGGAUUACAAAAAAAUUGCGAACGACGUUGAUUUACCGGAGCUCGCAACGUUGACUAAAAACUUUUCUGGCGCAGAAAUUGAAGGUCUUGUGAGAGCGGCUCAAUCUACAGCCCUCAACCGACUCGUGAAAGCGAGCUCAAAAGUCGAAAUAGACCCCGAAGCUGCCGAAAAACUAAUGGUUAACCGCGGCGAUUUUAUGCAUGCCCUGGAGAACGAUGUGAAGCCUGCAUUUGGAACUAUGGAGGAAAAGCUUACUAGACUGCUUGAUCGUGGUAUCAUUCACUGGAGUCCAAUAGUGAAUCACAUACUUGAGGAUGGAUUCUUGCUGACGCAAAUGGUCAAAUCUCCGAAAGGAAGUGGACUGGUGAGUUUGCUCUUGGAAGGCCCUCCGAAUACUGGGAAAACCGCCAUUGCAGCGCACUUGGCUAUGAAAUCUGACUUACCUUUCGUCAAGGUUGUCAGUCCUGAAGACAUGGUUGGAUUUUCUGAGAGUUCCAAGUGCCUGCAUAUCAGAAAAGUGUUCGACGAUGCAUACAAAUCCCCGCUGAGCUGUGUUAUCGUUGAUAACGUGGAAAGAUUGUUGGACUACGGCCCUAUCGGACCGCGUUACUCAAACAUCAUGCUUCAAGCCCUCUUGGUGCUGCUGAAGCAACAACCGCCGAAGGGUCGCAAACUUCUCGUCAUUUGUACUUCAAGUCAAAGGUUAUCCAAGGUAAUUCCGCCAUGUUCAUCAACCGCCGCCUUCACAGCCGCCACAUUGGCCGCCAUUUUGGCGGCUGUGAAGGCGGCGGUUGAUGAAAAUGGCGGAAAUACCUUAGAUGACCUGGAGGCAAUCCUUGGCAUGAAUGCCACAGCCGUUUUGGAGCAGAUGGAGAUGCUGAGUGCGUUCUCGUCUGUGCUUCAUGUAUCCUGUUUGUCGACAGCUGAACACGUUGUUACCGUUCUUCAGGAACCAGAAUUCAGCGACGCUUUCGAUGGAACCAUGAUUGCGGAAAUUGCCCGAAGAACCCACAAUAAAACGUUUUCGAUUGGCAUUAAGAAGCUCCUGUCAAGAAUCGAUUGGGCCAGAGAGACGAAUGUCGAAAACCGCGUGAUGAAGUUCAUCUGCAAAAUGGAGGAAGAGGAAGAACUAAGCGCUUGAAUCGGAUGAUUUAACUACCAUUAUCCCAUGUGCGAUUUUGGAGCUGCGCUCCGGCGCAUUUGUUGUAUUAUCGUUUAUGGUCUUUCACCGGAAGACGUCGAUUCUGCAUCGUCGUCCGUAUGAUGGUUGCUUUGAAAUUGCGCCUGAGUUAGCUUGGCUUUCAAUGGCUUGUUCGGAUUCCGUUCGAAUAUUCCGGUGCAGCGAAACGCGCUCGACGAUGAAUUUGGUGAUCAUUGUUGGAGCAUUUGUCUAGUCGCAAACAUUCGAUGUUUUUUGGUCUGGGUAUGAUGCUGUGUUAUCCGUCACUAGUAUCUAGUUUACCAUGAGUUUUUUUUCACAUGGUUUCUUUUUGUUUGGGUUGUGUUCUGAACCUUUAUUUUUUCGAAAUAUUUGCAGUUGGACUAUCUCUACAAUGAUGCGUAGGAGAUUGAUGAAUCAAUCAGAGAAUAUCUCUGUUAAGGAGCAGCACAUGCAUCUAGUAAAAGGACAAGCAGCUAAGAAAUAAUUACUUGCGCGGAGAUUAUUGCCGUGGUUGAUUUUAUCAUUGGGGAAAGUCCAUCUGCUCUCCGUAAACAACUCUGUUGCUUGAUCCAGUCAAAAAAUCAUUUGAGUGAGUACAAACUCCGCGAAACGUGAUGCAUGGUUCUUCGUUUGGGAUAGAUAAAACGAGUCAAGAGCCGUUCGAAUGUUAGUCGAUCGUUGGCGCAAAUUGGAAAGUGAAACUUUGACUUAUUUAGCAGAGAUUAGCGUAUACGUAAAAUGUAUGUAGCCUCAAGGACGACUUGUUUCCUGCAGUUAUGCUCGAAGUGUUGAUCAAAUUUCCUCUGCCGAUAGUUUUCGUGAAUUAUUAUUUUGGAGCUUGUUUUCGCAGACACGUGCAGUCUGUUGAAUCUCGUUCACUAUCGUACAUUUACGAUGCUUUCAGGCGAGAGAUUGUGAGGAUUCCGAACACCACUUUGUGCAGAUUAGGUCAAAGCAUCUGCGGAUUUCGCAGUAUUACUCCAAACGAGAAUUUGUCGAACAAUCGGCUUCCAGUUAUCAACUUACACAUUUAUUAUCUUCGGUGGCACGAAUCAUAAUUGUAUUCAGGGUUCCUAUCUUGACCACGAAUUCCGUAUUGAGGCGUGUGUAGUCUGAAUUGCACGAGAGCGCGAGAAAAGUUUUUCUUAUUAGUUGGGGAAACAUCUUACGAAAAUAUCGACUUCGUUCUAGUUUUUUUUCGAAGUAAAUUUUUUUUAUUUUGCCCUAGUUGCCCCGAAACGAAAAUAUUUGGAUCUCAUUUUGUUGUUUUCGCGUGUUCGCAUUCGUUUGUUGCGAUGAGUGCUGGGAUAUGGGGUUGUCCUGGAUUCAUGUGUUACUCGGUGUUUAUGUUUGAAGUGCACGUCUGCUUGUGCUUCUUCAAAUUCGUUCUCGUACUGUUCGGGAUUAUUAUUGCACUUGUGUCAAUUGCUUAGCAAAAUGGGAAGUUUUACGUUGUCUGACGUAACUUGACGAAGGUUUUUUUUUUUCCUUUUUGUUUUCUUUCCACAUUGCCGCUUGAUACCAUUUCCAAUACCGGGUGGAUUAAAAUCAGCUUUCGUCAAAUUGAUCCUAUGAUUUUGCACGCGAAAAUGUCAAAAAAUACAAAUGAUUAUCCAUUCUUUGGUAUUCGAGA